UGCACUUCACGCAAGCGAAGCUACUGAACGGCUUGGCAGAUGGCGACGCACAACAGAAGACAGAGUGCAGUGUGAGAAAACAUAUGUUGGUGUUUCUGAAGGGGAACUUAACAAGAACUAGGGACACAGUUCAGAUUUUCGACUAUUUACAUUGGAGUACAUAACGAUAUUAUCGAUCUUUUUUUCGACUUGCAUAAGAUAAAUAAGCUUUAUGCGGAACAUGGCAAUAUCGACUGAUAACAUGUCUGCUAUGACGUACAGUGGUUGGGAUUUUUCAUUCACACGUACGGAUUCUAAACGGAUUUUGUAAACGGAAAUGUGUGCCCUGAAUUUACUAUUAUUUAAUUAUUAUGGAGUGACAAGCAGGCUGACAGAAGGGUUUAAUCGGAGUGCUGUUGGAAUAAUGUAACGAGGAAAGUUUUCCACUUUAAAAACCCCACGGAGGGGAUAUAUAUUUUUUAUUAGUUCCGUGGAUUUUUUUUUCUUUUGGAAGUGUCAACAUGUGAUAAUUGUUGUGGGUUGUGGAUCACGAUGGAGUCUCCGGGAACUUCGGGACCUAGUAACACUCUGCUGGUCCUUCAGCUUAAGUCCCUGGUGGCGUACAAGUCAAAUGAUGAGUACCUGUAUGCCAUGAAAGAGGACCUGGCAGAAUGGUUCAUGUGUCUGUACCAAAUGAAUAUCACUGUGGAUAAUUUUUUCGAGGUUUUGGAAACGGGUGUCAUUCUCUGUGAACAUGCCAACAAGGUGAAAGGGUAUGCAGACGAACAGAGACAGCUAGGAAGACUGGCUGUCAUUCAGUCCAAUUUCGUCCGUCGUUUGGAGAUUCCACAAUACGAGGUUCCAUAUCGAAAGGAGGUUAAGCCGCAGACGUUUCACGCGCGAGACAACAUCUCCAACUUCAUCACGUGGACCAAAGAUUUGGGUAUCCCGGAUGUAUUGUCGUUUGAAACUGACGACCUGGUGCUCAGGAAGAAUGAGAAGAGUGUUGUGUUGUGUCUGCUGGAGAUUGCUCGGAUCGGGGCCAAACUUGGCAUGUUGGCUCCGACCUUGGUACAGAUGGAGGAGGAGAUUGAUGCCGAGAUAGAAUCGGGGGAACCCCCACCCCAGAUAAUUACCUGCGACAUCAAAUCUCUGGAUGAAAUGGUGAAGUGGUUGGCCGGACGAUGUACCUGCCCUGUACAAUUCCCCAUCAUCAAGGUCGGGGAGGGAAAAUACAAAAUAGGGGAUUCUCAGACACUAGUUUUUGUGAGGAUAUUACGUAAGCAUGUGAUGAUCCGGGUGGGUGGCGGCUGGGACACACUAGAACAUUAUUUAGAUAAGCACGACCCCUGUCGCUGUGGAUUUUCUGGUCAUCGAAACACACCAGUUCCACAAUCUCAAAGACCCCAGGGAACCCCCACCCGCCGGGCGAGUACCCCCUCAUUGUCUCAGACCUUGCCAUUGAAGUCUCCCAGAAAAAUCUCAGUUGGUCCAGUGUCGCAUUCCAUUUCGGAAGCUUCUGAAAGGACUCAUUCGCCAGCACGCAUGCGUAGCGCGUCGCCUGGCCCUUCUCCAGGAAAGCUUAACACUCAAAGUGUCACUCAGAACUAUGGAACAAAACCUCCCGUCUCUCCGCUAUCUCCGACGGGAAAUGUAAAUAAUGUCAAUUUUAGUGGUCAGAGGACUAGUACAGUGAUCGCCAAUUCCAGAAGAAGCCAGUCUCCGGCCCCUGUUAGUCGCCUGCGAUCACCGUCACCCGUGUCAGGAAUCAAUAAGGCAUUGCAACCACGUGAGCAGACGACCAAAGUAUCGCGCCCAGCAUCCCCUACCAAACGAUGCCCGUCCCCGUCCCCCAGUGCACGGAGCGCUUCCCCGGCCCCCAAAAGAUGUACCUCACCGUCAUUUCAUGUUUCCAUGUCCCCGGCGCCAAGUAGGAAGAAUAGCCAGGCAACUCUCGUCUCCAAUUAUUCAAGAUCAAAAUCAAUUCCAAAUACUCCACGUGCAGAUCGUCGCCAGCUUCCUCAGCGCCCAAGCAUGGAUUCCGAGGGAAAUGACAGUGUAGGAACAGACGAUACCUCAGGCUCCAACUCCAUGCAGCCAUCUGUUGAUAUCAACCAAAUCAGUACAAUGACUUUGGAUGAGUUUAAAAACUUACUGAAUAGUGCGCUAUCAGUUCCAAAUGGAAAUGCCUCUGAAGGAAGUCUUGAAUCUCCAAGAUCACAGAGUAGCACUGAUAGUUCACGAAACAUAUCAUCAUAUAGUGGGAACAGAUCUGUGAAAAAGCCGCCAAUUAGUGAAAAACCAUCCAGGUAUAAGUAUACUGGAAAUGUUAGUCGCAGUUUGGAUACCAAGUCUUUCAAUGGACAGAAUGCAAGUAAUGGAUAUUUCGAAAUGGAGAAACCAAAACGGACAAUACUGGCCUCUUCUACUAUUUCUAGACCGAAAACACCAGUGUCUAGUUCUGUGUCAAGACCCAAAACUCCUGUAAGUUCAACUGUUCAAAGACCUAAAACACCGGUAAGUUCGGUUCAGAGACCCAAAACGCCAGUCAGUACAAGUAAUAUUCAAAGACCUAAAACUCCAGUCAGCACUGCUCAGCGACCUAAGACGCCACUAAGCAGUGUAUCUCGUCCAAAAACACCUGUUAGCACCGUCCAACCUACCCCUGUUCAAAAUGUCUCGAGACCAAAGACACCGACGUCUUCAUAUACAGUGUCUCGUCCAAAUCCUAAUACUACAAGAACAAUGCAAAGUAAUGUUUCCAACAGUCCAAAACCUCAUAAAAAACUUCACGAGUCCAAGUCGGAUUCUGUGCUUAGCGAACGAGAACGGCCUGUUCAGAAUGUGAAACCCAAUGUCAGUUAUUUGUGCAUUUCUUCAGAAGACACAGAAACUGAAGCUUCCUCUAGUUUCAAAGGAACUGAAACUUAUACUAUAUCUAGUGAUAAUGUCGAUUCAUUAUGUGAUUCCAAAGACGUUUCUUCAUCGAGAAUGACCCGCAGUAUUACUGACCCGGGACCUGAAAAGGAAAACACACCCGAAAAAGAGGGAACAAAAAGUCAAAGUAAUGACUCUCUCAUUGCAAGUUUUACUGCAUUACAAAAAUCUAUUCAGGAGCUUCGAAAUCGGGCACAACAAGCAUGUAUAGCUGUGGAAAAUAACAAAAAGGCAGAAACAAAGCCAACAGAAGUCAGUAAAACGGAAGAUACAACCAAAAAUUCAGCUUUAAGUACAAGCAAUCCAUCAAACGAAACAGUCACAAUAAAACGUCCAUCAACACCCAGUGGUAGACCAUCCACUCCAUCUUUGAUUCCAAGACCAAUGACACCGGUAGGAAGUGCUUCCAAAUCUUUAAGUUUGACGCAGACGAUUGAGCCAACACAACCAGAAACUGUUCGCCAAGAGAGACCACCUACUCCUAGGAAGGCAACGAUUCUUGCUAAAUCGCCUUCCGCCAACAAAGCUGCCGCAAACACUCAGAAAAAGAACACAUCUUACACUAGCAUGUAUAUGCAACGACGAUCAACAACGCCUGGUCCAAAUGAGUUUUCACAAAUAGAGAAAGAAGAGCGUACUGAAAUCCCUCGGUCCAAGACACCUGGGCCAGGAAACAAGCCUAGUACUGAGCAACCUAAGUCCUAUGUAAGUCCCAUACGAAGACUUACCCAAAACCAACAGCAAACACCAACUCUCACAGCCCGAGAAAUUCCAGAGUCUGAUUACAACAACCAAAGAGAGCGAAGAAGUGUAUCAGCUAGUCCAGCAACACCAAGAAGGUCCACUGCAACAGGCUCAAAAUCGAAAACUCCAGUUAAGCAAGACUCUACCGAGGAAACUAUUAUGGUGACUGUGAAUCGGGACAGUGGACGACAUAAAAUCAAUGUAAAAGACGGAGAAGAAACAAAAUACAGAACAACAAAAACAACCACUGGCCGAAUCAUAGCUCGUGCUACAACGCCAACUAACCAGCGAGCAUCUACUGAAAGCCUAGAUAGAUCUCGGAAUGUAAAACCUGCUGCAGAAACUCCUCGUUACCGUCCAAGACCUAGGAGUGUUGAUCCAGAGAACUGGAAUCGUAAAGCGAACAAAGAUGAGGAAGUUCUGCAAGUACAGAGGAAGGAAUCUGGUUCACAUGUUGUUAACAGAACGGAGGCAUGGGUAGAAUCGGCGGCAAAGACUAUGAAUAAAACAUCCACCAGAAACAAGAAUCCGGCUGGGAUUUUACGCAGAUCAAAAACUCCUAAUCCAUGUGAUUUUGACCAGUAUGAUAUGGAGUCGCGUCCACUUGAAGAAAUUAAAGCUGCCUUGACUCUUCCAGUUAACGGUCUUCGAGAUAUAUCAACCGAGGAACUAGAAGCGCCACCUGAGGAUCCUGAGAUGUAUGAAACCAUGGAGAAGCUUUUCCAAAAAAUGCGUGAAAGGGAGCUUAAGGCCUCUGUAAACGAGACUCCUGGGGGAGGUUUCAUGGGGGACAUUGAUGUUAACUGCAUGGAAAAUGAAGAUACUUUAGGUAGUGACGAAUUAUCGUUGGAUAGUAAUGAAAACAUUAAAAGAAGAGGAAACUCUCCUGCAGGAAAACCAAGCUCACACAGAUCUUCUGGAUCCAGUGCAAAAGGCUCUGUUCCGUCUACUCCCAGAUCUAAAACGCCGUCGUUUUCAUCAUCUAAAUCUCAACCAAUCAACAGACCUGUUUCAACUCCUCCUCGGCCAAGUACUCCAACUCGCUCAUCUGUAAAUUCCUCAAGGCGAUCUAGCAUGAAAUCUAGCAAUGGAUCGGUUCCGGAAUCUCCUAUCACUGCUGAUGUUGAUCAUGCUGUGGUAAUUGUAUCCAAAAUAAAAGAAAUCCUAAAAACAAAUCCACGCAAGGACAAUAUACAGGGACCAAAGUCAAGAAUUCCAGCCCCAAAGUCACUAAGUUCUAGUGGAAAAUCAAGAUCUUUUUCAAAUUUGUUCAAUAUGGGCACUCAAGAGACAUCAUUUAAAAAAGAAUCUAGCCCUGUGCACAACAAUAUUAAUGGUACUAUAAAUGGGGAAUAUUAUGACGAUGAAAUGGAUGAAAUUUCCGGAAUUACUGCCCGAGCUGAAUCUAAUGAUCAAACAGGAAACGUACGCAGUCAAUCCGGAACGAAGACUCCAGUUCCAAAACUAGCUACUCCUUUAACAACAGGCCGAACAGCUGUCCUUAACCGAGAGUUGAGCACGGAAAAGUCAAAUAAACUGGUUCGUGCAGUGUCCAUUUCAAGUUUGUCUAGCUCUUCAAAUACAUUGUCGUGCACUUAUGGAGAGGAGGAAGAAUUCGUGUAAAUCUCGUCUGCCUUUUUUCGCAUAAAAAUUUAUCUGUGAUAUUUUGGACGUUUCUGUGUGUCUUAUGCAAGGGUCCAUUUCUCUUUCGCCUUUUUAUCUAGGUUAGAAAUAUCCAUUACUUUAGCAUGGAGGGUCAUCAUGUUGCUUUUUGUUUUUUUGUCUGAAGGAAUGUUUUGGGAUUUGACAUGCAAUAUUGAUGAGAGAACUGACAGAAUAAUUAAUGGCCAUUUAUCUUGCGUUUUUUGUAUUUUAUUUAGUUAGCACAUUCCAGUAAUCAUUCCAUGACGUCAGACAAGACCAUCAUCCAAAGGCUCAAUAACUUUAUUUUGUCCCCACCCCUCUAAAGCUUUAUGUUGUGACCAAAUCUACACUCAACACAGUAUUUUAAGAAAUUCCAAAAUAAAUCCUUUUGUACUUUAAUGGCUUCGAAUGGUAAAAGGGCCUAUGUUUCAUGUGUGAUUUGUGCCAAAUACAUCCUAUAUUUUGUCCAAUCAGCAUUGUACUAAUUUGACAUUGACGCGUGAGAGAACAAACGUCACGAGCGCAUCUAGCUGUAGCACCGGAAGUCGUCCAUGUUGAAAAAAAAAUGUCUGUGAUCAUUGUGCUUAUUUAUGUCUUAUUUAUUUGAAAUUGGAAAUAUUAUAUAAUGCAAUAAAAACUCAGAAAAUUUAUAA